GUUGUUAUGCGGUAUUUAUUAAAUCCCUAGACCACCAAGCCAUGUAGGAUAAGGAGCUCCUGGCUAUAACAGUAGUCCAGCCCCAACAGAGUUACACUAUCACUCUUUACUCGCACCUGUAUAGUGUUAGCGAAGAGCGCAACAUAGAUGGGCGGUUAUACUACGCCUUGAACAUCACAUUCAAUACUAUCGACUUCGCAUGUACCGAUAAUCCUUAAUUCUCUAGACCACGAUCGAAACUCGACCAAAGAUGGACCCAAUCUCCCCUGACACGCUCGCCUACACAGGCUCGGCGUUAGAUGCGUUCGAAGAACUGGCUAAAACACAGACAUAUGUCGAGCUACUCCACGUGGCACAUUCUUUAUGGUGUGGCCCUUCGUGUUCUCGCAGCAUCGCGUGCAAAUUUCUUCAUUAUAAGAUGCCGGAGUCUCGGGCCCCCGAGGAAGCAAGAUUGGUCCCAAGCCAUCGUUACAACAAAUGCACGGCUAAUUAUUUCACUCUCAUGGGUGGGGAGGGUUACGAGUCGGGAUUUUCACAGGAGCAUCAAGGCAACUUUUGGCCUCCCCUCGAAGCCAGUUUACGUCGAAUCGACCGAGCCCGCGAGAAAGGCGGCUUCUUGUUUUGUGACUAUACAGAUUGGACAAAGAAGCAAGAUACCUCAGCUAAGCAAACGGCCCAAAGCCUUUGCCGGGAUGUCAUCCAAUGGAUGGCCGUUUGGACUGGUAUUGAUCUCAAGACUUCACCUCUCAGCGUGUGGCUUGUCGCUAUGCUUACCUCUCCAGACGACAUCUGUAUGCCUCCGCUAGAUGUUGUGCACCAGAAAUUCCGAUUAUACGGUCGUUCCCUCCGUAACCUCGUACAGGCAAUGGUGAACGACAAUUGGGGUCGGGAUGCAACCCAUGUGCUGCUUUGUUCUAUCCGCCAGCUCAUUUUUCAGUAUGUCGAAAAGGUCGAGUUUGAGGGUGGCGCUAAGAGCAACGUGGGUAUUCACGCUCAGAUGGGUGGUCGACAUGCCGAGGGCAUAUGGGAUAGUAUCGUACUACGAACCCACACCGCUGGCACAUACGCCUGCAUGAUCAUAGUCUCCCGGAUAGCAGGCUUAGGCUUGCUAAAAGAAAACUGGGUUCUUGGUAGCUCUUCCAGUGCUUGUAUUUCCAUGGACCUGGCCAAAUCAGCUGCGCGCAUUUACCAUGUGGAUAACCACCAGCCGACUGUCAGUUUUGGGGAGCAGAAUAUGCAACCGACUCUUGAGAGAAGACGAAAGAUUGGAUACCAUUCAGUGUAUCUUGACAUGAUGGAUGACUUAGUCAACACCGGUUGUCCAGAACCCCUAUUACACGUUUCCGGUACUUUUGUCGCCGUCCAGCUAGUCCAUCGAUAUGUGGAACGUAGCUUGGGUUGUCGGAUCCCGAUUCACCCAGCCAUGGCCGAUGCCCUACGUAGCAUUUACGGGGAUGAGCCAACAGACGCGCGAUUAGAUGGUCUCUUCCACUUGCGUUGGCUGGUGAGCGGCCAUGAUACGAAGCAGAAGACCAGAGCCAAAUCUACGCUCUGUCCAGAUCUACUAGCUGCGUGCUUGAAACGCCAGCAACAGCGGGAGUCCGUAUGGAAGCCUGACCAUGCCAAUAGCCUUCCAGACUCUAUACUCCCAAUUCACAGUCCAGACAACGACAGCCCAGACGCCAACGAGUGGAUCACAGGCGUUCACCAGUUGUCGCAGCGGGCUAACAACCCCAAAGCAUUGCAGAAGCUGUUGACUUCUCAUGUAAUGCUAAACUCGAGACGGUUGUCUAUUGACCAGCUCAAUGCUGUUGGCUCACAGGAUGACAUUUGGGCUCUGUGUAUGGCCUGCAAGGUUGAUUGCAGUAAAGACUGCGAAUGGCUGGCGUUCGCCAAGUAUAUCCAGAAACAGUUCUGUUCUGCUUCUUAGGUACCUUUCUCAAGCAAUCUAAAGGGGUACAAUCAAAUGGCUCAGUAACAAGACCUAAGGGCUUGAAUGUUAAAACCCAUAACAGAAUCAACCGCGCAUUUUCAUGAACUGGGUUUCUCAAUAAAAUGGGGCUAAGGAUAUAUCAUGUUUAUGAAUGAACGAAGAUUUCCUUGAUCUAUAGCGGGGUGGACGGCUUUGGAUCGCGAAUCUUAAGCUAAACUUAGAGAAUAAUAGGGGCCAAUAGUGUGUUUGAAUUGAAAUAUAACUUUGAUGAAGAUAAUUACCAAGCGUGCGCUGUUUCUGCAAUAAGUCAUACACC